AGAGUGGGGGAAUGGGAGCUAGCGGGUAGUGAGAGCCACUAAAAUUUACACAGACAGGAACGUGGAAGUCGCGCGAAAUUGACAGGAAUGGCUUCGAGAACGUUCGGUCAUAUCACGUGAUCGCCGCCGCCUGCUCAGUAGCACGCGCAUAGCGGUGGCAAGAGGAAGUGUGUUUGGAGUGAUCUCGUUACAAAAAACAGCGAAAUCUCUCAAACGAAAUGCCAAGAAGUAGAAAGCGGACGACAUCAAAGGCUAGUUGGACAUCGGUUACGUUGGAGUCUGCAAUAAACACUAUAAGAAAUGAAGGAAUAUCGGUUAAUAAAGCGGCACAACAAUAUCAAAUACCUUACAGCACACUGAAGAAACGGUACAGGUUAGCAAUUACUGAUGACAGUUCUUACAGUCGUUCUCCGACGCUCGGUAGGAAACCUGUGUUCACUAGUGAACAGGAACAGAUACUUGUUAAGCAUAUACUCGAUAUGUCUAACAUAUUUUACAGUUUAACAAGCAUUCAACUGCGAAAAAUAUGCUACAAUAUGGCUGUGAACUACGGUCUCGAAAAUAGAUUUAAUACUGAAAAAAAAAAGUGCUGGGAAAGAUUGGUUGUACGGAUUCAUGAAUCGACAUCCAGAACUUAGUAUAAGAAAGCCAGAAGCGACCAGUAUUAAUAGAAUUUUGGGCUUUAAUAAGACUGAAGUCACUCGUUUUUUUAGCAAUUUGGAAUCUGUAAUGACAAAAUUUAAUUUUGAGGCGCAAAACAUAUUCAAUAUGGACGAAACAGGAUUUUCUACAGUCCAUGAGCCAGACAAUAUAAUUGCUCUUAAAGGACGUAAGCGUGUUGGUGCAGCGACUUCAUGGGAGACAAAACCAAGAAAAAGUAGUAGAAACAAGCAACAUUCAGAAGUUUUGACUAGCACUCCUAUGAAAGAAGUUUUUGAGGAGAAGAAGGAGAAAAAGAAUAAAAGAGAGAAGAAAAUAAAUAAACCAAAGAAAAUACAAAUAAGUAAAUCUAAGAAUAAGAUACAGUUUAAGAAUAAAUUAUCUCAAAAAAAUAUACACAGAGUAACUAGAAAUUUGUUCCAAGACAGCACUACUGAUGAAUCAUCAAUGAAUGAAAAAAAUAUUUGUGAUGAUGAUUCUGAAUACUCUGAGGAGGAAAAUGUAUGCAUGAUAUGUAACGAUGUUGGUAAAAAUGAAGAAUUAUGGUAUCGUUGUAGAGCUUGUGGCAAAUGGGCCCAUUCUGAGUGUUCAGGUUACGAUCACCCUGAGGAUUAUAUUUGCAAUUUUUGUUUAGAUCCUUAAAAUACCUUUUGCAUUUUUUUUAUUGAAUAUGUUUGUUUUAGUUUAUAGUUUGUUGAUUACUUUUAAGCUUUGGAUUGUUUAAUUCCUGUUAAAUGGGUAAAAAAUGGUUUAAAUUUUAUUAAGAAUUAUUUCAUGGCUCUCAUUUCACAUAUGAAGGCUUUUUGGCUCUCGUUACCCGAUGCGUGGGGUAAUGGGAGCGAAAGUAAGAUUUAUAAAAAAGGUGAUUUUACAUAUCUAAGGAUAUAUUUUUCAAAUGUUACUUGGCAAUUAUUGAAAGACGAAUAAC